UAUACGUCGACCUUUCACAACAAUAAUGUGAAGUCUCAGUGCUCCUGUUCUGUUACUUCACUAGCAUGUUUAGGAAGGUGGGUUUACUGGGUUUCACUAAUUUUUUCCCCUUUCUGGUUUUGGUUUCUUGGCAGGGACGGGAAAGGAGGAGGGUUGAAGCCGAUGGACUCAGAGCAGCUGAGAGAGUAUGGACACCAGAUGGUUGAUUUUAUCGCUGACUACUACAAGAAUAUCGAAAAUUACCCAGUUCUCAGCCAAGUUGAGCCUGGCUACCUUGUGAAAUUGCUACCUGAUGCAGCACCGAAUCAACCUGAAUCAUUGCAGAGCGUCCUUGACGAUGUUCGGUCCAAGAUAAUUCCAGGGGUGACUCAUUGGCAAAGUCCAAACUUUCAUGCUUAUUAUCCUGCCAACAGUAGUGUUGCAGGGUUCUUGGGAGAAAUGCUGAGUGCUGGACCUGGUGGUGGAGUGAUACAAGGAACUGCAAGUGAAGCUAUUCUGGUUGUACUGUUGGCUGCUCGUGAUAAGACGUUGAGGGAGGCUGGCAAAAGUGCCCUUGGGAAGCUAGUUGUUUAUGGAUCUGAUCAAACACACUUUGCAUUACAGAAAGCCUGCCAGAUAGCUGGAAUUCAUCCUGAAAAUUGCCGGCUGCUGAAAACAGACUCGUCAACAAAUUAUGCUCUUCCUCCGGAAAUAGUUAGUGAAGCAAUUUCACAUGACAUUUCUAUUGGAUUGAUCCCCUUCUUUCUAUGUGGAACUGUCGGCACUACUUCGUCUGGAACUGUUGAUCCCUUGUAUUCUCUGGCCAAGAUUGCCAAGAGUAAUGGCAUUUGGUUUCAUGUGGAUGCUGCAUACGCUGGAAGUGCCUGCAUAUGUCCGGAAUACCGCAAGUACCUAGAUGGUGUUGAAGAAGCAGACUCUUUCAACAUGAAUGCGCACAAAUGGUUCUUAACCAACUUUGACUGUUCUACCCUGUGGGUAAAGGACAGGAAUGCUCUCAUCCAGUCCCUCUCCACAAAUUCAGAAUUUUUGAAACACAAGGCCUCACAAGCAAACUUGGUGGUGGAUUACAAAGACUGGCAAAUCCCUCUUGGACGUCGGUUCAGGUCAUUGAAACUAUGGAUGGUACUACGAUUAUAUGGUGUGGAAAAUCUGCAGAACUACCUGAGAAAUCAUAUCAAGCUGGCAAGAUACUUUGAAGAGUGUGUUGGCCAAGACCCAAGAUUUGAGAUUGUUGCCCCACCUAAAUUUGCGCUGGUCUGUUUUCGCCUCCUACCUCCUGUUGACGACAAUGAAGCACGUGGCAGCAACAAACUGAACCAGGAGCUUCUGGAAGCUGUCAAUUCAACCGGGAGAGUUUUCAUAUCCCACACUGUCUUAUCAGGGAUGUACAUAUUGCGGUUCGUGGUUGGAGCACCAUUGACGAAGAGGAGACAUGUAGAUGCAGCGUGGAAAGUACUGCAAGAUGAGGCCUGUACUCUACUUGGCAGUCCACUUCAGGAAAAUGGCUAAAACUUACUUUCAAACCCCUUUGUUAAAAGUAUCAGUGAGAAGUCCUGCUUCAUUGACAACUACACUCCUAUUUUAAAUGUUCUUUCUGAGAGUGCAGGAAUUGUAAUAUGUUAUUGUAUUUUUGAAAUUUCUCCUCCUUUAUCUUUGAAUCUAUGCUGCUCCCUCUCUCUGCUUCCUUGGUCUCAUGAACCUGAUGUUGAUGAUGGGUUUAUUUUCAGAUCUUAGCUCUGUUUACAGGAGUUUUGCUUGAAAAACAAAUAGUGGUAAUGUCCCCAGAGUUGAUCAUGUGCUCUGAUAGUACGUUUGGGAUAAUGCAUUUGGACAUCUGAGAUCACAAGUUCCAACCAACCCUUAUUAUCACUGACG